CCCCUCGUGGCCUGGGCCAGAAACACCCGGUCCCGCGCAGCGGAGGCGACGCCGCAUCCUGGCACCAAGCCGCAGCAGUGCGGAGGGGCAGAGAGAGCCCAAGGGCUGCAGGAAGCGUGGAAAGGGAGUGGCCCCACGGGGACCCGAGCUUGCUCCAGAUAUUCGCCCCGGGGGCGGAGGGGAGGGGCCCACCACGGCCUUAUUUCCGCGAGCGCCGGCACCGCCCGCUCCGAGCCCGGGUCUGUCGGGUGCCGCGCCAACUUUCCAGCGUCCAUGCAGCCCCGCCGGCAACCGCCGCCCGCUCCCCGGUCUGGGCCCGGGAACCCGCGCGCCACCGCCCCGCUGCUCGCGCUGCUACUGUUGCUAGCCCCGGUGGUGGCGCCCGCGGGGUCCAGGGGCGCAGAGGACCCUGGACAGCCUCAGGAUGCGGGAGUCCCGCGCAGGCUCUUGCAGCAGGCGGCGCGCGCGGCGCUUCACUUCUUCAACUUCCGGGCCGGCUCGCCCAGCGCGCUGCGAGUGCUGGCCGAGGUGCAGGAGGGCCGCGCGUGGAUUAAUCCAAAAGAGGGAUGUAAAGUUGACGUGGUCUUCAGCACAGAGCGCUACAAACCAGAGGAAGGUGAGGGACGUUUGGGGAAAUGUUCUGCUCAAGUGGUUUUCAAGAAUCAGAAACCCAGACCAGCCAUCAAUGUAACUUGUACACGGCUCAUCGAGAAAAAGAAAAGACAACAGGAGGAUUACCUGCUUUACAAGCAAAUGAAGCAACUGAAAAACCCCUUGGAGAUAGUCAGCAUACCUGAUAAUCAUGGACAUAUUGAUCCCUCUCUGAGACCCAUCUGGGAUUUGGCUUUCCUUGGAAGCUCUUACGUGAUGUGGGAGAUGACAACACAGGUUUCACACUACUACUUGGCACAGCUCACUAGUGUGAGGCAGUGGGUUCACCCAUGGAUGGAUGAUCAAAAACUAAUGAUGAUACAAUUGAUUUUGAUUACACUGUUCUACUUCAUGAAUUAUCAACACAGGAAAUAAUUCCCUGUCAUAUUCACUUGGUCUGGUACCCUGGCAAACCACUUAAAGUGAAGUACCACUGUCAAGAGCUACAGACACCAGAAGAAGCCUCUGGAACUGAAGAAGGAUCAGCUGUACCAACAGAGCUUAGUAAUUUCUAAAAAGAAAAAAUGAUAUUUUCCAACUUUUUAAAAAGUGACGAUACUAGCAUAAAUAAUUUUUCCAGUAAAAUAGCUAAGGUAUAGAUCUUCGAACAAUUUGGGAAAGCCUAUGAUUACAAGUAAAAACUCAAAAAUUCAAAGAUGUUGGUUUUUUGUUUGUUUCUCAGUCUGCUUUAGCUUUUAACUCCGGAAGCGCACGCACACUGAACUCUGCUCCGUGCUAAACAGUCACCAGCAGGCUCCUCAGGGUUUCAGCCCAAAAAUGUAAAACCUGGAUAAUUAGUGUAUGUUGCAACGGGAUCAGCAUUUUUUUUUAACUGCAAAAAAUGAUGGUCUCAUCUCUGAAUUUACAUUUCUCAUUCUUUUGAACAUACUAUAGCUAAUAUAUUUUAUGUUGCUAAAUUGCUUCUAGCAUAGUAAAUUAUAGAAAAAAAAUUAACUGUUUAAAAGGAACUUGAUUAUAUUUUAUGAUUUCAGGCAAGUAUUCCUUUUUAACUUGCCACCUACUUUUACAUAAAUGUUUACAUUUCUAAAUAAUGAAA